AUGGGCAACCAUAGGGGCUCCGAUCUGGACGGCGCGGAGGGCGAGGCCAGGGUGAGGGCGCGGGGAGGGGGCGACGCACAGCGCGGGGCGGGCAAGGAGCCUCCCUCGCGCGCCGAGGCCCCUGUCAGCUCUGGGGCCGUGGGAUCGUCCUCCCGUGGCGCCCGGGCUCCGGCCCCGCCCCGUCCCACCCCCUCUCUGCUCCGCCCCUGCUAUUGGCGGAAAGUUCCGGGCCGCGCCGCGAUUGGUCGGGGCGCCACCGGCCCCGCCCCUUCCCGGUCCUCUCCGAGGCGUCCCUGGCGCGGGAGCGGCGCGGCGGGCGGAGCGGCCGCGGGCUUGGGGGCUUCGCGGGGGGCCGGGCGGCCGGCGCCGGGGGCUGCUCCCGCCGCCGCCCGGACCCGCGCCCCGCCGGGGCAGCGGCCGUGGGAGCCCCGAGCCCCCGGACGCCGCCCGCCGCGCCAUGGGGUUCCCGGCCCCCGCGCUGCUCUGCGCGCUGUGCUGAGGCCUCCUGGCCGCGCCGGCUCCUCCCAGAAGCGCUGCAGCUGGGGGGGCAGGUACGGUCCGGGCGGGGCGCCGUCCCCAACCCCCCACGCGCCACCCGGGGCGCGCAGAGCGCUGGGCGGGGUUCCCCUCCGGGAGGGUGCGGUCCAGUGGCUCCACCCGGCUGCGGCGCGCCUGACCCUGGGCGGCUCCGACCCCGGCGCGCGGCCCGCCAUCGCCUGUCUGCGGCCGGCGCGGCUCUUCGCGGGCACCCAGGUCUUCGCGGAGCGCGCGGGCGGCGCCCUGGAGCUGGUGCUGGCCGAGGGCGCGGGCCCGGCACGGGACCGUUGCGUGCGCUGGGGUCCCCGCGAGCGCCGGGCCCUGUUCCUGCAGGCCACGCCGCACCGGGACAUCAGCCGCGGCGUGGCCGCCUUCCGCUUUGAGCUGCGCGAGGACGGGCGCCCCGAACUGCUCCCGCAGGCCCACGGUCUGGGUGGGACCUAGGGUGCCUGCAGGCCCUGCAGCGGUGCUGAGCUGCUCCUGGCUGUGUGCACCAGCGACUUUGUAAUUCAUGGGACCAUCCACGGGGUCACCCAUGACGCAGAGCUGCAGGAGUCCAUCAUCAGCGUGGUGGCCGGCCGUGUCCUCCACCAGACACUGCUGCGGUUCUGGGUGGGGGGCUCCGGGGACCAGAGGCUGAUCUCCAUUCAUACCCCACUGCACUGCGGCAUUCACCCAGGCCCAGGCAUCUUCCUCUUCAUGGGCUAGAGCCGCUUCGGGGAGGCCUGGCUGGGCCGUGCCCCACGAUUCCAGGAGUUCUGCCAUGCCUACGAGGCUGCCCAAACUGCCCACUGCCACCCCUGCGAGGUGGUGCUUCACUGAGGGAAUGGGCACAGCGCCAGCUGGACCUCCUCUGGGGCAGGGUGCUGGGGAGGGGCUGGUAGGAGGGAGGGUGGGGGGCCAUCAAUAAGAACUCUGGUGACAUGGGCUGCUGUGGAUCUGGUCUUCUGUGUCCAGCCCAGGCCUGGGCCUGCCUUGCAGCUGUGAGGACGGCUCCAGUUCCUGCCUCCUGGUGGGUUACUGGGGGAAUGGUAACCUUGUUCAAGACCACUUGGCAACUGAGAGGGAGAGCAGAUGUGAGGAGGAGCUACAGCCACAUCCCAGGGAGGGACUGUUGCUGGGUGGGGGCCACACGGGACCUGCACUCACGCAAGCUUCUGCUCUGCUGUGCCCACCUGCCCCGUCCUAGCCUAGCCCUCAGCUGCUAUCCUGGCAGGCUUCCACUUGCCUCCUGGGCCAGGUGCUUCCAGGGCUCAGCAGAAGAGGGAAGGGGCUGAGGGGCCAAGGGUCCCUCAGGUGUGGUGGGGGCAGGUGGGUGCAUGGCGCUCUGGCUCUGAGCAGGCCUGUGAGGGAAAGGGCUGCAGUCUGGCAGGGUGCCCACAUCUCUCCAUGGCUGCUGUGAGCCCGAAGUCAUCCUUGGCCCUGCCCCACCCUUGGGGAAGAAUGGGCCCCUCUGUCCAAAGGCCCCUCCAACAUGCCGAGCAUCCAGACGUGGUGAGGAGCCUGAAGGGUGUGGGGGUCCCCUCUGCAGGGUCCUGCUUGUUGCCUGUUUCCAGCGGGCAGGGUGCACAAUGGGGUCUCUAAGGACUGUUUCCUGACACUGGCCCCAUUGUCACUGUCUCUGCCUUCCUCAUCAGCUUUUCAGCCAUAUGAAAGGGCAGUGAGGUUUGGGACAGCCACAGCUCGAGACCCGAAGGCUAAAAGCCCCUGGGUGGGGGUGUUCCAGGCCCCCUGGCCCUGCUCAAGCUGCCUCUUCUCACCCCAACCCCUCAGACCCCGGGAAAGAGACAGCCACGGCUACCGGGCCAGGGGACCCCUGCGCUGAGUCCCAGAAACAGUUGGCUUUCCAUUCUCAUCUGGGCCAGGCUGGGGUAGAGGCCAGAGGCCCUACCCAGGCAGAUGAAGUCCCCAGCUUUCAGGGAGCAAAGUGAGCCUGGGUGAGGGACACAGCUGUGCAGGGCCCACCAACAAGGCCCUUCCUCCAGACCGGUAGAUGGAGGUGCCUGGUGGGUGCGUGCCCUCUGUGGACACCUGGGGGGAUCACCUCCAGCACCACCCUGGGACUUCCACCCUGCAGGUUGUCUGAAAGCUGCACAUGCAAGGGGCUUAUCGUUUCACACAGAUCGCCUGCCUGCUGUGGGGCUGAUGAGAAUGGGUGAGGAGCACAGCCGCCUGGGUGUCAGUCACUGGGCUGACACCCAGAAGGAGUUCCUCCCACCUUCUGCUCCUCCUCAGGCUCCUUGCUUCUCUCCUCUCUCCAGACUCCCAGCUGGGCAUGCUGCAGGCUCGGGGACAGGACCUCUCCUCUCCCCAGACUCCCAGCUGGGCAUGCUGGGCUCACACGGAGGUUGGGAACAGUGAUCUGGGGCAUACCCAUGUUGUCUGGAAGCAGCCUCUGUCCCUGCAGGGGCUCCUGACCCCAGCCAUGGAUGGCUAAGGAACCAGACCGGGGCAGGCACAGGCAACCCCUUACAUUCACGGGCGUCCAGCCCGACCCUGGGUGUGCAGGUCACAGCCCUGCUGCCUGACCCAGGGCUCUUCGACGUGCACCUCCAACCCCUGGCUUCACAAGGUCACCUCCAGAACUCACUCACCCAGGCAGGAGUGCAGUGGCACCAUCUCAGCUCACUGCAACCUCUGCCUUCCAGUUUCAAGUGAUUCUCCUGCCUCAGUCUCUCAAGUAACUGGGAUUAAAGGUGCCCACCACCA